CUUCCACUAAAAGAGCAAUAGUAUGGUACGCAUUUAAGUGACCCAAAUCAAUUGGGUACGCUACGCAUUUGGGUAUUGAAUGACCCACAAAAUCAUUUCCGAUAAUCGAUAAAGAUAUUCAUCAUAUUACCGACGCAUUGGUGCGACCAAACUCGCCGGCGACGGAGAUAUGAAGCCAGAGCCACCGCCAUUCCAGGAGGCCAAUCGUUGCGACGUCUGCAAAUGUAGUUUCAAUACUUUUCGUCGCCGGCAUCAUUGUCGGUGUUGUGGGAGGACCUUAUGUAAUGAACAUUCAUCUGAUCAAAUGCACUUGCCACAAUUUGGCAUCCACACUAAUGUUAGAGUUUGUUCCGAUUGUUUCAACAACUUUUCCAAAUCAGUGGAUGACAAGCUGGGUCCUUCGGCGGAAAGAAUCAAUUCUAUCUCAGAAGCGGUUACAAGAUUAGAUGUGAACGGGGAUUUAGAUCACAAGACUAAGUCAACAUCUCUACAACCACCUGUACCAAUGAUGCCUGAAUGCAAAUGUGGUAUGCCUUUGUGUAUUUGUGAAGUUUCACUUCCACCCGCUCCAGCAGCUUCUGUGCAGACUGCUGGCAGUUCAUUAGCAUCGGAUUCGAGAACAAAGAAGACAGAUGGCAAUUCAAGACCAAGACGUUCUACUCAAGAUAUCAGACAAGGUGUUGGUCCAUCAGCUAGCGGUUCGGACAAACCUUUGGCAAAUUAUGAAGCGAAUGGGGAGGGCUUAAGAGAAGCUAUUAAAAAUGGUGACCUUGCUGGAGUCAAGGAUCUUCUGAAUAAGGGCGUAGAUUCAAACUACUGUGACAAGCAAGGAUUAUCACUAUUGCACCUGGCUGCAGUGUUUAACCAAACAGAUAUAGUUUUUACCCUCAUGGAUCAUGGUGCUAGAUUGGACUGCAAGAAUUCUCUGGGAGAGACGCCAUUGGACUGUGCCCCAGUAACAUUGCAAUACAAAAUGAAGAAAAAGAUAGAGGAUGAAUCGGCGUGACGAAUAUACUGGGAUCCGAGUUUUGCCACUUAAAAAUUGCUGUAUUUCAAACCUUUGCUGUUAUUAUGAACUACUAAUGAACAGUAAUCAAUGUUGGGUGGAGUUUUGGGCACUCAACAAAUUCAGAAUAAUGCUUCAUCUGUUUCCCAACUUUUCUGUAGUAGUGUACUUCUGUAUGGUAGUCUACAAGGUUGUGUUUUGUUAAUAUGCAGCUGACUGUGGAAUUUAUGUACCGUUGUGCUUUAAUUUAUAUUUUGUUUGCUUUA